CGCGCCUCUCCAGGCUGAGAGACUCUCCGCCCAACAUCCUCUGGUGCUGGGGCCCCGCAGGCUUCCUCCCUCAGGCUGCUGGGCAGGUGCCUAAUGCUGCCACCAUGCCUCUUCACAAUGCUGGACAGGGUCAGCCCCCCUCGCUGCCCCUGGGUCAGAGCAGGUCGCUGGCCCCGGAGCUCACCACCCAGGGAAGUGCCUAAAGGAAAAUAGAGGGGCUCCCAGUUCUUUCUUUUUCCUGAGAAUAACUGAUAGGUGAUUAGCUGAAGCCGUUAUCUGAUGUACCUUUAGCCUGAGCUGUUGCUGUCCCAGAGGAGGGGAGUAUUUCCCUGUCCUCAGGGUCACACCAGUGGCAGAGAGACAGCGCGCCAGGAGAAAUGGUGCUGUGGUGAAGGCGCCUGGAAAGGGCUGAGCUCAAAACCAAGAGAAGGAGGGUUUCUACAGCUUUCAUAGAGUUGACAGCCAAACCAUCACAGGGACUGAUAGCUUCCACGGCCAAUAUGAAAGAAACCACUGAAAACGUCUCUCUGGAUGGUCGCGGCUGGAACCAGGCGGCAUACGAGGGCUUGCCGACCAAGGCCCAGGACACUAUUUUUAGCUCUGAAGAAGAUAACAGUCUGUAUUUCACAUACAGUGGAAAAUCAAACGUUCUUGAAGUGAAAGAACUCAACUACCAGGUUAACAUGACAUCCCAGAUUCCCUGGUAUGAAAACCUGGCGCAGAUGAAAAUGCCAUGGACCUGGAAAUCAGAUCCCCGUUCUCACGUGUUAACAAUCCAGAAUCUGAAUUUAAAAGUUCAGAGUGGUCAGAUGCUAGCUAUUAUAGGAAGCACUGCUGGAGGAAAGACAUCCUUGCUUGACGUGAUAACCUGCCGGGAUCAUGGAGGCAAAAUCCAGUCUGGCCAAAUUACGAUCAAUAACAAACCCAGCACUCCCCAGCUUGUUAGGAAAUGCAUCGCACACGUGCGGCAGGAUGACCGACUGCUCCCCCACCUGACUGUCAGAGAAACACUACUGUUUGUUGCCAAACUGCGUCUUCCCAAGUUUUUUUCAGAGUCACAAAGGGAAAAAAGGGUAGAAGAUGUCAUAGCAGAGCUACGCUUGCGCCAGUGUGCAAACACCAGGGUAGGGAACGAGUACCUCCGUGGCGUUUCGGGAGGCGAGAGGCGAAGAGUGAGCAUCGGGGUGCAGCUGCUCUGGAACCCAGGAAUACUCAUACUUGAUGAACCCACAUCUGGACUGGACAGUUUUACUGCACAUAACCUCAUGAUAACAUUAUCCAGACUGGCCAGAGGAAACAGAUUAGUUCUUCUUUCACUUCAUCAGCCCCGGUCAGAUAUCUUCCAACUGUUUGAUUUAGUUCUUCUGAUGACUUCUGGAGUCACUGUCUAUUCUGGAACAGCAAGAGACAUGGUCCAGUAUUUCACUGAACUAGGCUAUCCCUGCCCAAGGUACAGCAAUCCUGCAGAUUUCUAUGUUGAUUUGACCAGUAUUGAUAAACAGAACGCAGAAAAGGAGAUGGAAAGCCGAAAAAGAGCAAAUACUCUUGCCAACUUGUUCCUAGAAAAAGUAAAAGAUUUUGAUGAUUUCUUAUGGAAAGUUACUGAAGGAGAUAAAGUUGCAACCACAUUCAGCAAGCAAAGGUCCCAUUUGAAUUCAGAAGAAGCUAUCAUCAUGCCUCAUUGUUCAACUGAUCAGUUACCAGGAGUCUUAAAGCAGUUCACUAUAUUAUUAAGUCGUCAAGUCUCCAAUGACUUCAGAGAUCUUGCAACGUUAUUAGUCCAUGGAUUUGAGGCCCUUCUCAUGUCAUUAUUAAUUGGAUUUUUGUACUAUGGCCAUGACAAAACUGGACUCUCUAUUCGUGACACAACAGCACUGUUGUACAUGAUAGGUGCACUAGUCCCAUUCACAGUGAUUUUGGAUGUUAUUGCCAAAUGCCAUUCGGAAAGAGCUAUGCUUUAUCAUGACUUGGAAGAUGGAAUGUACUCUGUUAGCCCAUACUUCUUUGCUAAGAUUUUGGGGGAGCUCCCAGAGCACUGUGUUUUUGUUAUCAUUUAUGCUGUUCCCAUCUACUGGCUGGCAAACCUUGUUCCUGAGCCAGAACAUUUCCUGCUGAACUUCCUCUUGGUGUGGCUGGCCGUAUACAGUGCCCGUGCCAUGGCGCUUUGGGUGGCAGCUCUGCUGCCCACAUUACAGCUCUCAGCCUUCUUUGGCAAUGUCCUUUUUACAUCAUUCUACCUGAGUGGUGGUUUUGUGAUAAGCCUGAAAAACCUCUGGACAGUUCCAUUCUGGGUUUCUAAGAUCUCUUUUCUCAGAUGGAGUUUUCAAGGCAUGAUGCAAAUUCAGUUCGCUGACCUCACAUACGAAAUAACUGUUGAAAAUAUUACACUUCGAAUACCCGUCACUCAGGCUCUGGACCUGGACUCCCAUCCCCUCUAUGUGAGCUAUCUCGUCCUGGCUGGUAUCGUCGGCAGCUUCCUGCUUCUAUACUACUUAUCCCUGAGGUUCAUCAAGCAGAAAUCAAACCAAGACUGGUAACAGCAAACCGCGCAGAGGAGGCAGCAGGUUACAGCGUGCCGUGCAAGAAACCAGGCUCGGCCCACGGGUUUAUUUUUUGGUCACCUCCGCAGGCGGGCAGGGGAGAGCCGGGAGCGGCGGCCACGGGAUGGCAGCAGAACACCAGGAGUCGGCAGGCAGGAGCCUGCCACAGCCUGGGGCUGCGGCUUGCGGGGUUGGUUUGUGGCUUUUUUUUAUGGCAUAGGGUUUUCCUAGGUGACAGGACGCUUAUGAGUUCUCCACACCUUCAAAUAUUCUAACAUAGGGGUCACUGAUUUAAAGGGACUUAAUACCUGAUGUGUUAGUCCAUAACGUUUGAACAUGUAGGGAUCAGGUACUUCAUCCUGAGAGCUCUGAGAAAAGAGGGUUCAGCACACCCAAACCACUGCUUUCUGUAAAAUAUAACAUUCAGCCCUCAUAAGAACACUGUAGAGGAAAGCAAGACACAAAAUUUUACUGAUGCUUCAGGAGAUCAUGCAAAGAUGGACAAUACAACUGUUACUGAGCCUGUCCUGUUUCUACUGAGUGAUGUAUUUUAGGGCUUUGCCUUUGUGUUCCAUUUAGACACUGUUGAUGCCCAAAAUGGGUAUUGUACAGAUGAUCUUUUGUAAAGGAGAAAUUUAUCUCACUCUCUUGGAUUUAUUUGUGCACUAUAAACACAUACCAGUUCAUUGUUAUUAAUCACAUCUUUCUCUGUGGCAAUACAAAUCACAGCAACUUGCCAAGUUUGGUUCCUAGGAAUCUCAGUACCAAACCUCUCCCUCCAGUAAUUAAAAAUCAAAUGGUGCCAUCUAUGAAAUGCCUGUAAUUGUGCACUUAGUUACGCUCACCCGUAAGACAGAAAUCCUCAUAAAAUGAGUAUCAGUAAAUAAAUGGCUGUAAUUCACACAGUCAUGGUAAAAGCAUGGGCAAAUUAGGAGUAGUUGUUGUGAGUAUUUUAUAAAGGUAGCUUGCUUGAUUUUAAAUGUUUGGAAGCAUAUCUCUGUGCUUAUAUACAGACACCCAAAGCACAUCUGCUACUUUCAAUUCCAUGUUGCACAGAGUGGAAAACUCCUAGUGUAAUGGGCUAUAAUGCCCCAGACACUGUUAUAUAAAUCCUUUUUCUUUUUUUUUUAAAGAAAUAAGAAUGAAAAAACAUCCAUGUUUUAUUAUUCUAUUUGGCAAUGAGGACUGCCACAUUACUUUCCACAGGCUCUAUGUGGUAGUAAAUUACCAGGAAGACCCUAGUCUAAAGAUGUUAAGCAGAUUUGAUAGUAUAACAACUCCAGCCCCAGGCAGCAGCAAGAAUCCAGAACACUCCAAGGUUUUUCUAAGGUAAACUCUAUCAUUUCUUUGUGGUUCUGCUACAUUUGAGUUAAAAAAAAAAAAACACUUAUCUGAUCCUAGUGCCAUUUUGAAAUUCUCAGAUUUUCACUGCCUGUUAAUGGCAAAGCCAAUUCUUUCAGUCCAAUUCAGCAUCAUUAAAUUGUCAGAACAGCAGCUUCCUGUUUGAUUCUUAAUUAUUCCUUUUUAUUACAUUUAAGACACUUAAUUUUUUUUAAAGUGGUUUACUCUUCUUUGUAAUGAUCUGUUGUGAUUAGCAUCUCUUUUAUAUUACACUGAAGUUUUAAGGGUAUAUAUUGGUACUUCUAGUCUAAACCUCUAUUUUCAAGGUAUUUAGAGGAUUAAAUUCUAGGCUGACUCUC